UCGAUCCCGGGAGCGAUGAAGAACAGCGGCGGGGUGGCCGGCGGGGGCGGCGCGGGGGGAGCCGGGGUGGCCGCCGGAUGCGGUAGCGCCGGGGGUGCCGGUGCCGGCGAGGACGCCGGCAUCGCCCUCGUGGGUGUCCACACCGAGUAUCCCCGUUACAUGGACGAGCGCAUGCUGGCCGGCGGUGGCGGGUCCCUCAAGGGCCAGUCCUGCGGCGGCAGCAUCGAGCCCGGAUCCAAGCACAAGCCCAACGUCGGCUACCGGCUGGGCAGGCGGAAGGCCCUGUUCGAGAAGCGCAAGCGCAUCAGCGACUACGCCCUCGUGAUGGGCAUGUUCGGCAUCAUCGUCAUGGUCAUCGAGAACGAGCUGUCCAGCGCCGGCAUUUACACCAAGGCCUCGUUUUACUCGACAGCACUGAAAACCCUGAUCUCUGUGUCUACUGUGAUACUGCUUGGCCUCAUAUUUGCUUACCAUGCGUUAGAAGUUCAGUUGUUCAUGAUCGAUAACUGCGCGGAUGACUGGCGGAUCGCAAUGACCUGGCAGCGGAUCGCGCAGAUCUCGGUGGAGCUGGCGAUCUGCGCGAUUCAUCCGAUUCCGGGCGAAUACUACUUCCUGUGGACGACCAAGCUGGCAAACAAGAACGGCGACAUUGGCUCCAAGUGUGUGCCAUACGACGUCACCCUCUCGUUGCCCAUGUUCCUCAGGCUCUACCUCAUUUGUCGUGUGAUGCUGCUUCACUCGAAGCUUUUCACGGACGCGUCGUCGCGUAGCAUAGGGGCCUUGAAUCGCAUCAACUUUAACACCAGGUUCGUCCUUAAGACCCUGAUGACCAUUUGCCCCGGUACGGUGCUGCUGGUCUUCAUGGUCUCCCUGUGGAUCAUCGCCUCAUGGACGUUGCGACAGUGCGAAAGAGAUGCCAGCCAAUUCCUGGGCGCUGGGUGCACCGCUUUACUGGUGGCAGUCGUCUCCAGGAAGCUCGAACUUACGCGGGCGGAAAAGCACGUGCAUAACUUCAUGAUGGACACGCAAUUGACAAAAAGGUUGAAGAACGCCGCGGCGAACGUGUUGCGGGAAACGUGGCUGAUCUACAAGCACACUCGUUUGGUGAAGCGCGUCAAUCCUGGACGCGUGCGGACCCAUCAGCGGAAAUUCCUCUUAGCUAUAUAUGCACUCAGAAAGGUGAAAAUGGAUCAGCGCAAAUUGAUGGACAACGCCAACACAAUAACGGACAUGGCCAAGACGCAAAACACCGUCUACGAGAUCGUCUCGGACAUGAGUACGCGGCAGGACGCGGUAGAAGAGCGUUUAGUGGGUCUGGAGGACCGUCUGGUCGGCCUAGAAGAGAAGCUGACCUCGCUGCAGGGUCAGCUGGAGCUGUUGCCGGAAGAGCUGACCCGCUGUCUGGCCCAGCACGCGGAGCGGAUGGAGCAGCGCCGUAAUUUCCUCCAUCCGGAUACCGCGGUAGCCAUGGCCGCAGCUUCCGGCGGCGGAGGUGGAGGAGCCAUCUCGUCGGGUACGAGCUUGGGCGUUUCCGGCGGCGGCAGUGCAUCCGUCGCCGCGCACCACCCUCUCGCCAGCCUCUCCAACUCCCCCCUCCUGCCGCACUCGCGCAGCGUGCCUAGCGCGCCCAGCACCAUGUCCCUGCAUCCGUGGCCGGUCAGCCCGGUCUUACCACCUGUCUCCAGCCGGACGCCGCACCUGGUGCCAGAGACCGGCAGGCAUCACGGCCUCAGUCACUCUGCCACGGUGACCACCACGACCUCGCAGUCGGCUACCAGACUCACCUCUCAGGCCGGCAUGGGCGGGUUAGGCAACAGCCAAGGCUCGGACACGUCGGCGCAUAGCUGAGUCUCGUCUCUGCAGCCGCAGCAUUCGUACUAAAAGGCCCGAGACGCCGGUUUCCGCGUAAUCGCAGAUCGCGGCCGUGCCGCGACACUAAUCGGUGAUCAUCGACAUAUUAUAUAGUCGACAUAUAGUACUGCCGAAGUAUAUGAAAUUGUACGCUACGGUCGUACAUAGGUCGGCCGAAGAUUCGCACAAACAAAUAUGAAAGGAUUCCCGUCUAGAGCGAUGUCUCCUCAUCUCUACGUUGACUUGCGUCUGAUGUAAUAAGACAGUAUCCGUAUCCAAUUGUCGUAUCGCGAGGAUUCGCGUGAAUUCGUCGGUGUUUCCAUUGAAAAAAACAACUCUUUGAAUUUAUAAUUUGUUUUCACGCAGACAUAUAAUCGUUGGACGCCGCGUGGAUCACAAAGAGACGCAGUUCUAAGCGAGAGCGGUGAAAUAGAUUAAUUAAAACACGGCCGUCUGUUUUUCGUGCGAAACUCGUCUAAACAUGGGCCUUCUUGCAUCCCGCGCGCACCUUCGGGUCUCUCCUCAAGGAUUUAUACUUUCGAUGAAAUGCAAUCGAGAUGAUAAGCGAUCGCAAUGGGAUUCGAAUUGGGAAAAUGUGGACAUAACGAUUGUCUAUACGUUAUAUGGUGUUAUAUACGUUUCAUCUUUUGGCCUUCAACAAAUUCCCGAAAUAUUUAAGCGCGAAAGGAAUCUACUUUCUACAUCUAUUUGAUCGCCCACUUUCGUCUCAAUCUGCUCGAUUCCUUCCAAUCCUCACACAAUUCUUAGCUAGUCAAUUUUGACAUGAAUACGCAAUUAAGAGGAAUCGGAUUUUUUUACAAUACGAUACAAUCGAGCGUGAUCGAGGGAACUAAAAAAUUGGCAAAUUACAACAUUCUAUGGAUUGAUCGAGCGAUUUCAGAUAGACGGAUGGAGGAGAGAAACUCUUAAGGUACGCGCGGCUUCUUCCACUAGCUGCGCGCUGCUCCCCUGCCCAACUUGCGUGCCUGAAUAACUGUUUUCUUAAUAAUUAAAUGUACAUUAUCGACAUACACACACACAUACAGAAAACUCUCGACCUUGUAUCUCUGUAUACCUUGUGAAGAGAGAAGCGAACAGGCAUGACGUGUGUGUAAAGGAAGCGUGUGCGGACAAGGACUAGCCCCGGAGGUAAACCAAGCUGGCUCUUAAAGUCUUUCGCACGUGGUUAAGGUAAACCGUCCCUUAUAGGACGGUUCCCUUCCUGGCGGAAGCAUGCUACAAAAGGACUAUUAUAUUUGUACGUUAUACGUAGCACUCAAACUCUAGGAUCUGGCCGGUCUCGAUGCCCGAGGUGAAGUAUAAAAUGAUUCAUAUACAUAUAACGCAUCAAUCGUAUAUGCAUUCUUUGAACGAGAGCGGCUAUAAAAAUACAUACAACUUACAAUUUCUAAUACGUUCGGGCAUAACUGGCAACCCCAAUAUUCUUUCUCGUUUAAGUAAAAUAUAUUAGAAGUUACGGGUGUGUUUUUUUCGCCACUUUUUUCAGAUAUAAAAGACUCGGGAUCACAUUUAACGUUAGAUAUAUACUCUGAUAUUUGCCCUUAGCUAUAUUAUAUUUCACACAUUCCUCCUCUCUAUUAUUUUUUCGCCAAUUGUAUGUCCUUCCCGGCCUACACAUUGGCGAAAUGUUAAAUUGACAGCGUUGGAUCGACACAUAACAACGUUGCAAAAGAUAUUUUUCUUCCCAUCGGACGGUGUGUAAAAACGCGCUUUAAGGGCCGGCGCAAACCCGACGGGUGUCCAGGAAAUAACAAAUAGAGAGAGAAUGCAAAGUGAUCUUAUCCGCUUUAACGUCCGUAGGUUACGUAGGAUAUUAUAUUGUUAGGUGUAAUACUCUUGUACUCUCUAUGGCGCACGGGUACAAAAAAGCGGCUACGUUUCCACUAUUAGGGAAAGGGAGGGAAGAGGGAGGGCUGGGAAGAGAGUGAAGAUUUUUUAUAAUGGAGCUGCGACCGCGCGAGGUUGGCGCGGCACGACGCGAAGGGGAUAGGCUUAAUUUAAACGAAUCGACCAGACAAUGGGAAAGUAAUUAUAUAUUUGCCAACGACUUUCCGUUCGGAGGCGUCCAUCAGGCUUUUUCGUUCAUGCUUACAAUUAUCGCCAUUCAAAUAUCCCUGCAUUAUUAAUUCACGAUCGCUCAUAUAUAAAGUGAGUCACUGGAAAUUGCCUUCUAAGAUAUCUUCAUAAAUAUUGAUUUUAGAUAAAAAGGUUUAAGACAAAAGUUAAAUUAUUUUGAAAGAAUUACAUUUUUUUUGUUAUCUUAGUUUUUUUAGGUGCAGGCGUCAAGAAGUUUUGAAGGUCAUCUCAAGUCUUUUCAAGGUCAUUUCAAAGUCACUCCACGGUGUGACUUCAAGAUGUCAUAGAUCGUUGGAUUCGUCUUUUUAUCCUCUACAAUUAUAGGUGAUUAAAAAUAGGGCUUUCUAUUUAACAAAACUUGAGAUGAUCUUCAAAUAUUGUUGACGCCUGCACCUAAAAAAAAACUAAGACGACCAAAAAAUGUAUGUCCUUUCAAAAUAUUUUAACUUUUGUCAAAAGAUUUAAACCUUUUUGUCUAAAAUCAAUAUUUAUAAAGAUAUCUUAAAAGACAAUUUCUAAUGACUCACCCUGUACAUAAAAAAUUAAUUUAUCAUUUAAAGAAAACACGUGCUAUGUAGCUAUAAUUAUCACUUUUAUCUAUUUAUUUUUCUGCAGUGUUUUCUUAUAAAAAAAAAACAAAAAACGAUUAAAUCGAUAGCUAAAAAUCUUAGAUUACUCAGAUGCUGAACUAAGAAAAGUCUGAUACGCCAAAGAUACAGAGAUGUUCCGGAAAAAACCGAAUGCAAAUUUACAACUAUCCAAUUGGUCGUAGACGACGAUCUUCGGAUCUGAAGAAUCUGAAUUUAUCGAGGGACGUAAUUCGGCUUUUUUUCCGGAACACGGUAUAACAUUUUUGCUGUAUUUCGCAGCUGCACGCGUUUAUUCUUUCCGACGCGUUAUUAGUCCCGAAGAUGUUCAGAUCUCGACAUCGGCGUGACUAGGUUUGCUAAAAGGCAAACCGUAAUCGCACACGACGACAACCGAGAUUCUAUCGAGGCUCUACGAGGCGAGCUCGAGCGAACCUCGUUCCUUCAGUAGUAAAUUAGAGGUAAAACGUGUUUGCUGUUUCUUUAGUUAGAUUAUAAGAAGAAUUGAAACGAACUUACUACUUGCGAAAUUAAAUUUAUUUUACCAAGUUGAGUCCUUCAAGGACGGAGAUGUUUGAAAAUUUUUGAGAAACAUUUACGAGAGUGAAUUGAUUCCAAUCGGAUCCAAUUUUCCUUCCACAUAUUUCGUUUAAGACUUACUUGUAUGUAUCUAUUUUUAAUAUUUUAUUUAUUAACAUCCGAUUCUCAGAUUUAGUUAACAUUUAUUAACCGCUGCGAAUUAAUUUCGUGAAAGGGAUGAGGUUCGGUCGUGCCGCCUUUAUCCUCGACCGUUCACGAGGAAAAGCUCACGCGGAAAAAGCUCACUAACGCGGAUAAAAGCUGGGACCUGGUUUGUCUUGUCCGUCAUCGUUUCAUUUCGAAAGCGUAGUUUCGCGGCUAAUCGCAAUGCGAAACGGGACCAAAACAGACACAAUUUUCACAACGUUCUCAUACUAUCUCACCUCGUCCUCUUUUUUUCUUUCCCCUCUUGCUCUCUUUUUUCCCAGUUGGGCAGAUUUUUCAUCUAGAUAAGAGAGUCGACUAAGAACUAAAAGAGUUAAGUAAAACUGUUCGAUGAUGGCACUUCGCAUCUUUUAGUAAAUUGGAAAUUCACUCAGAGAUAAAAGUGAUUUCCUUAUCGAAAAAUUAAAAAAAAAAAAAUACUGCUGAUAUAAAAUAUUACGCGUUUUAUUGCGAGCAAUAUUUUUACUCUUUUAAUAUUUUAUAUUCUCAGAUCAAGUAGAUUUUUUCACAUACUAAUAUAAUGAGAGAAUUCACAUAAAGAUUCUUCUUUUUUUACGAAGAAAACUUUAACCAUCUAUCCGCUUACUUUUACGAUGUUCCUGUUUAUUUUUUAUCUAUUUGACAUAGUUCGUAAAAAACAUCGAAUAAUUUAUUUGAAAGACGAAGCACUAUUCACUCAAAGCUUUGUCGUAUCGAUCAAUACUUCGAGUUUAGAAAAUUUUCUACUUAAUCGCGCAGAAUGAAUUUCUAUUCGAAUAGGAAGAUUAUCUCGUGUACAUAAAGAUAACUCUUUCAUUUAGUCAGUCUCUUUAUCUGAAUGAAGUUUUCAGUCGAGUAACAUCCAACUCUGCUUUUUUUCUAAGAAUCAGUUUUUCUUGGAUCGUUCCGAUUUUCCUCCCUCCUUCUUCAUUUUUCUCUCCUCUUGUUUCCCACUCUCUUCCUGUUCAAAGAGCAUUUCUCUUUCGCUCGCGACUCAACGCACUGGACACGACAACUCUACAAUAUUUUUAUAUAGAUUUCUUAAAAGUGCAUUAUGGUGCCAGGAAGACCACGCCAAGUAUAAAAACGUAAAAUUAAAACAGUCUCAAUAUCGGAUUCUUAGGUGAUAGACACCAAUUCGAUAAUAUUGUUAGUACGUAAUAGAAAAAAAGGAACGUGAGUACGUAGAUGAUUACCGAACUCUUCGACGUAGUGAAGUUAUACAUGACAUCAUGAUUAAGGGGAAAAAUAAACUAUAAACGAGAAAAAACAUACGUUUGCUCGUGAACUACAUAUAUAUAGAGUGCACACACAAAUAUGACGAAAAUUGAUGAUAAAUUGAUUUCGUGUUGGAUAUAUAUUGAGAUAUUGCAAAGUUUCUCUCUCUCUCUCUCUCUCUUUCUGCGUUGAAUUUCAGUGUAAGUAUAUUAACAAAUUUGCAAUUGACUUUAUAUUUUAUUUCAGUAACUAAAAAUUGAUUAAUCGGAUUUUUUAAUUAUCUGUAGUUAUAUUUAGAAUUAAAUAUAUAGUAAAUUUAUAAUGAUUACGUGCUGCGAAUUAAAAUUCAAACUGGAAUAAUGUUUUACACAUAGAGCUAACUAUACAUCGGUAUUUUGCUAAGAAUUUGCAUUCCUGAAAAUUAAUACUUAAAAUUAAUUAGAACUGUUAGAAUUUUUUUAUUUAUUUGAGAUAUUCUGUACAAACUUCAUAAUUGUAUCUUAGUCUUUCUAAUUGUAGAGAAGGAAAGAUCGAUUAAAAUCCAUCUUAUACACUGAAAAUUUAACGCAGACUUGACGAAAUAUCUUAUACAAGUCUUCGUUCAUCUUUAUAUUUAUCUAUUUAGAGAAAUUCCGAGAUGUUAAAAUCUUCAAAUAUUUAUCAUAUUAGAUUUAAAUGAUGAGAAAUUUGAAUGACUCAAACUUUAGAUCAAUGUAACUUUAAACAAUUUUGCGAAAUUGCCGUUCAGAAUGAGAGAGCAAAAUGUUGAUCCGUCUUAGGAACUUGUAAAACUACUUUCUCAAAACAUAUAGAAUUCGCGAUUCUUAAAACUUUGGAUUCUUAUGUCAUGUAAGACUCGUUUCUACAUUCUCAUAAUCUUAAAUCUUGACACUUUGAAAUAUUUUCAACCUCUUAAUUUUAAACUACCGACUUUUCGAAACUUAAGUUUAGUGUGCACUGCAAAGCAGUGAAAAAAAUAAACGGUUCCUUCUUUCUUUUGAUGUCGUAAUCACGCACG